AUGUUUAAAAUUUAUAUAAUACUCCAUUUUAUUUUUAUUUACAUUCAAACGGCCUAUAGUUCACAUUCAAAUUCGGGGGAUGGAACAAGCAGUAGCAAGUACUUUAUUUUAGACCCCAUAAAGUAUAACAACUUUGUGCAAAGUCUGAUGGAAACUCCAGAAGAAGUUAUUUCGGGAAACAAUUUUCGGAGCUCUGAUAAUUUUAACUUGAUAAAAAUGAAUAAACUUCAAGAUAUUAUUUGUAAAGAAUCAGACUUGGUAUUUAGCAAUACUGAAACGGAUGUAAACUAUAGUACAGUUUUGAAUCUAAAUACUGGUGAUAAUGAGAUGAAAAGAAACAAGAAUUAUCUGCUUUUAUUUGGUGCAGAUAAGUGUAUUUUAGAUUCAUCUUUUAUUGACCGUAAAUCUAUAAAAAUUAACAUUCGAGUUAUUCCUGAUUUGAGGAGCCCUACAAAAGAAGUAUACUAUGAUAAAAUCUGUGAUUGCCUCUUUAAAAGGGAGAUUAGUGAUGAAAGUGGACAAAAUGUAUUUGAAGUUCAUUGUAAUUCUGAUUUAAGUAUAGAUAUUCAACAAAAUCAUGAUUAUUUAGAAAUUGGAGGUGUAGACACUUUAAACGAGACUGAUUUAGUUAAGUUUCCUACUCUAGUUGCAGAAAAAAACUCGGAGGUAGGCAAAAAGGUUGAGGUUGUAGGUUCUGAAACAUUUUCAAUAAGAGCUCCCAAUAUAAAGUCAAACCAUGUCAAAACUAUAAAACCAAAAGUAAAUGAAUUUAACUUUUCAAAGUACUUCUGGGAAACUAGCAGUGGGUUUUUUGGAGAGGGACAGGAAGCUGAGAACAAGGCAAAUAUAGAAUACUGUAAAUCUCAAAACCAAAAUAAAUCAUGUGAGAAUGAAAAAAGGUUGAAUUUAGAAAAAGAAUUUAGAGAAAGCUGUAGUAGUAAAGAGCAUCAACUUAUAUUGGAUACAUUAUUAAUUAUAGUAGAUAAGUUAGUUGAGCAUUUAGAUAAUAAAUAA